GUGCGCUUUUCAGGACAUCACUGAGACAGCUACACAGAUGCCUAAAUGUGCUCUACUGUGUAUCACACACGUUAUCCACAUUGUCUGGCAACGCUUUAAAUACUUUUUAUGAUUCACCUUAAGAAUUAAAUUCGUGGAUACGCACAAGUACCUUGGCAAACCCAGGACCCUCUGGAAGUUCAUCGACAAGCUAAACAAUCGCAAAAUGAGCAUUUCGCACGGAUUACUAAAUCGGACGCUCUCUACGGUCAAGCAUACCUUGGAAAGCGUCCGAGGAUGCUGCAACUUCUCGGUGAUCACCGGCGACGGCCUCGGCGCGCCGAUCCAGGACGAGCGCGAACAGUUCAUCAUGCGUCUCGUGCAGAUAGCGGUUCUCUGCGUGCUGUCGCUCACUGUCGUCUUCGGCAUCUUCUUCCUCGGCUGCAAUCUGCUCAUUAAAUCGGAGAGUAUGAUAAACCUGCUGGUGGAGGACCGCCGACCUUCAAAAGAUGCGGAAAUUAUGAUGAUUGCUGCAUAACACUGAUGCCAUAUAUCUUCAGUUUGAUAUCCAUUAUGCGCCCUGGACCAGAGCAAACAAACGCUUUGGACGUUUUCGACUCUUAAGCUUUCAAAAAAUUGCAUGAGAGAAAGAUGCAAAAUAUACACAUUGCAAAAUGUUUUGGAAUGCUGGAUGGACGUAAAAUGUGAAAUAUUAAAGAAUUAGUUGAUAUUUUUGACUGAUAAAGAGAAUAUCUUGAUUUCAUAUAUGAUUUACAUUCAUGCUUAAAAACUAUUAUUUGUUUAAACCUGCGUGCAAAAUUGAUUAAACUAUGUUCAAAACUAU